AUGGGCCGAUCACUGCGCUCCAACACCAAGCUGCCGCCUCGCGCCCCAGAGACGCCCGCAGCGGACAUUCAGCGCCAGAGGCGCAAAGAAAGGAAGCGGAUGGCAACACCAGUAGUCUCGCCGCCUUCCGAAGCUCUGCAGCGCAAUGAAGGGCAACUUGUCUCACCGCCUUCCGAAGCUCCACAGCGCAACGCUAAUCGAGUCGAGGACGGGCCACCUCUUGUCUCUCCGUCACCAAAAGCCCCGCAUUUGUCCACGGAAGCAUUAGCAAGCGCCAGCCUGAGCAGUAGCGCUGUGCAUAGAGACAGUGGACAGUCAGGCUAUCUGGCGCAUCUGGGUGCUCUGAGUGCCAAGGCGUCAGCGGCCAAUCGCAAGAGCCAAUCGUUCCCCACUUUUGCCGCCAAAUCAGCACUGGACAUUCUUGCUGCAGGCCCAACAGAAUCGCGGCGCACAAUGAAUGUGCUGUCAAUGCGUCCGUUCAAAAUCGAAACUGCACGGAGCACGUCUCAGGACUCGACAUUGGCACCACCCUCACAAGGAGGACUUGGGGGCGACUCCACCCCUCGUGCACAUCUACGCACAAAGGUGGCAGACAUUCGGGGCCCGUUCAGCGAUCAACACCUGAUGGCUGAAGACCUGGAUGAGAUUGAGCAAGACCCUGAUGCCAAUUCACCAGAAGAGGUUCGGGGCCCCGUGGAGGAGAUUGAGGAGGACCGUGAUGCCAGCUCAGCAGUGCCACCAAGAGCUACGAGCGUCGAGCCAGACAUGGAUACACGUGACAGCGACCAUGAAAAAAGCUCUGUAGACAACAGUGACCAUGAUGGAACCUUUUGGACUCAGAGGGAGAAGCGGCGAGCAGCCGCUUUGCUCAGGGCCAGAGACAACGGGAAGAUGACAGCAAUGGGGAUCACUCCCCAGCGUGGGGACGUGGAGAAAGACGAGAGUGACGAGAGUGAUGAGAGCAACAAGAGCAACGAGAGCAACAAAACAAGCAGUCGUUGUGCUGUGGCUACAAGCACUCGUCGUGCUGCGGCUACAAGUACCAGGCAAGCACCGGCUCCCACCAAAGCGCCAGCUUCCACCGGCAACAACAGGGAAGUCAGCCUCACCAGUCAAGGAGGACGCCCGACUACGGCGUACUGCCAGAGGAUAGCCGCCAUCCAAAGAGAGAUGCUGGACGUCUCAGUGGAGCAUCAAGUGACAAUGGGCCGGGUGCUCGCAGAUCUGGAUAACGAGCAGCACGGCAGAAGUGCAAAGGAGAGUAUCUGGAACAAGUUCCAGACGUGGUACUCACACGAGCACAGAGGAGAGAAGCCACGGGAAAUGCAUGUCAGUCAGUGGAACAAAUUGGUCAGCCAGGCAUUCCAAGAUCGCCUAGCUGAGCUGGAUGACACACUGCAUGAGGAUGCUAGGGUGCUGGAACGGCAUUUUGCAGAGGUGGUAGAAUGGCAUGCACAGCAUCGCCAGGACCAGUUGGACGAAGACAGGAAAUCCGGACGACUUGCAACAAUGGUGAGGAAUGCAGCCAAAUCGUUGUCACGAUUGGGCACAAAGAUAUACCACGAGUCCGGGGUACAUGUCUUUGGUGUUAUCGUUGAUGAGGAAGGGCAACAGAGCUGCACUUGUGCCGGGUCACCUCAGUUUGCAGAGAUGGUGCAAGCCUACCCAGUCCACGGGGUCCGUAGUUCUGAAGAGGAUGACUUGGGACUUGACUGCCCUGUGUCGGAAGCACCAGGUCUGGCUGAGCUUGUGCAAGUAAUUCUGCCCGGUCUCGAGUUGCGAGCGCAUCCUGAACAAUACGCCGUGGACCCAAAUGACGAUCAGGAAACCGUCGCGCUGAAAGAGGACAAGGAAGCCCUCGCAUCUAAGGCUCCACAUUUUGUGAAGUGGUCGCAAGAAGAAGUCGAUGCCGCGGACGACGUUAGGCAUGAGGGUGAUAUCGUGUUAGCAACCCGCGUCGACGAUGGUGUCGAGCUGGCGUGGGUGCGGGACUGCGCCUCUUACAAGAAGGAGAUUGCGCAGGUGGAUAGCAAGGUGGCCAGGAAAAGACCGGCUUCUGCUCGUUCACCUCCACCUCGUUCUGCAACCCUCGGUGUAUCCAGAGAGAUGUCAACCGCCACGGAGCUAGCCCCGACCCCAAUGGAAUUCAGUGACGAAGAGGGCCCCGCAUCCCCACCAGCAAAACGUUCUCGACUAAACCCAACUCUGUCAGCAGCAUUGGACGACGUCGGCGAUGAGCGAGUCAGUCUUGCGACGAAAACACGCGCACAAAUCAACGCAGAGAAGUUGCGGGCGCAGCUGGACCGCCAGCCCAGACCCGGAGAACACAUCCUGCGCUACCAUUUUGGGAAGUCAGCGACACCGAGUCAGUUGCUUAAUAUGCAGGAUGAAGCGGUCCGAGUCCGUGGGGAUCCUCCAGCAUACUGGAGAGAAGACUUGGGCUUUGCCAAAGAUUGCUGGGAACGACGAGUAUUGCCACUACGGCCUCAGGGUCUGCCCGUUCCAUCAGAGGACAUUGGCUAUUUUGACCGCUCAUUCGAUGACGCCGUUCUGGAAGAAAGGGCCAACGCAGAGCAAUUGGCUGUGUUCCACUUGCGAGGCAUUGGCCCCGAAGGUGUCAGUGCGGCGGUCAAGGCAUUGGGUGGGGACGACGUGGGCUUGUCCCUGAUGCUUUCUCCACAUGGCAACAUGGGGACUGCGCAGAGGUACCAUACUCGUGAAGAGAUGUAUCUGACCAACGCUUGA